AUGGCAACUCUCAAGGGCCCCGGCGCCCCUCAGAAACACGAUGGCUCUGGCCUGCGAGUCGCAAUAGUCCAUGCCCGGUGGAACAACACCAUAAUCGAUGCCUUGGUCAGCGGGGCAAAGAAAGCCAUGCUCGGCCAAGGAGUGAAAGAGGAGAAUAUCGUCGUCGAAUCAGUGCCCGGGUCCUACGAGCUUCCUCUUGCAGUCCAACGCGUCUAUGCCGCCUCUCAGAUACAGAGCACAGCAAGCGCAGUCGCCGGGGGAAUGGGUAGUCUCGCGAGUGGCAUUGGAGACCUUCUAGGAGGGAGUAACUCGACAACAGACCUGCAGGGAAGUCUACAACCAGGGCCGCCAGAGCCGGAGAAGAAAGAUGUCAAAGGACUGAGACAUACCUUUGAUGCCAUCAUAGCCAUUGGAGUGCUCAUUAAAGGCGAAUCUAUGCACUUCGAAUAUAUUGCCGACGCCGUGAGCCACGGACUGAUGAGAGUGCAGCUGGACACAGGUGUCCCAGUCAUCUUUGGCCUCCUAACUGUUCUGAACGAAGGCCAGGGUUUGGCAAGAGCUGGUCUUGAAGGAGGCACAGGCAAGGAGGCCAAGGGACAUAACCACGGAGAGGACUGGGGCAAUGCAGCUGUCGAGCUUGGAGUGAAGAGGAAGGGCUGGGGCGAAGGCAAGAUUGCCGGAACUUGA